CUCUUCAGCGGAGGCGCGCGCGCAGUCCCGCUUGCAACGUCGUCGCGGCCGCACGCGCACGACGCGCCAUGAAUCGUCCGUUGAUCGUAGUCUUCGCGCUCGCCGCCCUCGCAGCCGUCGUCGUCGCCGAUGACCCGCCGCGACCCCGCCUCAUUGACUUUAACCCCUGGGCAUGGCUACCCUCAAACCGAAACAGAUCUCCCUCAAUUAUGGACUAUUUCUUUCCACCAUCCCGGACACCCAAACAAUCCAAUCUUGACCCUCCUGCUGACCGAAAACCUCCUGAAACCACAUCUCACACAGUAGAAAACACCCCUGCACCGACCACUAUUGAGGAACGCUCCACCACUUACGCUAAAAAAAUAUCCACCAAAACAAAGUCGACAGCACCCGUGACAAACCCGACCGCCACGACACCGCCCAAAACGAAAAAGUCCACGCGUAAGCCUAUCGCGGCUACAACGGCCGAAAUAAAAACUACACAAACUAAAACCGAGGCUCCACCAUCAACUACUAAAGACGCGACCGCGACAACGUACAAACCGCCUACCAAACACUAUACUAUCCGUCCGGUUGUGCGGACUACGGAAACGCCCACGGUUCAGGACACUGAAACUACGUUAAACAGUGACAGCACGGAGACUGUUUCUGAUUUCGAUACUGUGGGAACGACAGCUGACGGUCCAAAAGACACGGCCCCGACGCUGAGCACGGUCGACGACUCCCGAUCCACGGACGCUGGUACCGCGAGUACAGGCACCGUGGAAUCCACCACGCCGACCGAGAGCACGGAGCCCGCCGACAGCCGCGAGGGAUAUCUGCCGCUUCGCGACAAGCCUCAACAGACCCAUGUUAAGAUCAACGAGCAGACCAAGAAAGAGACGGUGCCCCUACCUGCCGGGUCGACAUCAGUGUUGGCAAAGCCGACAAAGUAUCACUACUAUCCUCACAAUCAGCACAUCUAUUUGUUGCCUGAAUGCGCUAUUCAACAGGUAUGCAACGCAGUGUACGUGCGUCUGAACUACACGCAACCGCUGUGCGCCUGCCCUGCUCGCUACCGAGACCCGUGCUCCGCCAGCCUCAACGCCGACGACCUGCAUACGACGCGCCUCACCACCGACUCCAAAAAAAAGUUUGCCAGCAAAGCUGUGACACUGGUGAAGACUUGCGAGGCCGUGUCAGAAAUGCGUGAGUGCCGAGCACCGAGAGACUGGUCCUUAUUGGCCCUGCAGAACAUCAGGACUGGGAAGUCACAUUACCUGGUCAUUUGCCGGUGUCCCGAAGAUCAUAUAUUAGAAGGGCCGAUGUCUCACGACCAGCCGACAUACGCAUCUGUGCCAGGCAUCAGGGUCUACGGCAUGAUGUGUGUGCGACCCACCACCGCUUAUCAUUCCCCGUACAACAAAAACAGAUACACCGGCUUAACCGUACAGAGUACUACAGGCGCCUACAAGGUGGACUAUUCUCAAUCCCACGCGUAUCCUGACAAGCCAGUCUACAACCGAUAUCACACACAUAGCUACACAGAACCUUAUUACAAUCGGAGAUCUCGAGUCGCAAGGACUAGGCGAUCGACAUCAGAAUACCCCCCUUUCCCAUGGUACAAAGUUAUCGAACUAGCACGGUCGUUACAUUGGAUCAACUAAACCUUAACCUCUUUUAAAAUUAGCAUAAACAAAAAAGUUUGUUGGCUUCAUAGAGGCUUUAUAUUAAUCGGUUCCGCCUCUUUGAAUUCAACUUAUACUUGAAACAUAUUUAAUUUCGAAACGCUUUUUCGCUUAUUUAUCCGAAUUUUUAGUUAAUACUUGCUUACUAACUUUCCCAUUCUAAACGUGAUUGUUUAGUGUGGUGAAAUUUAUUUUUUGGAUGCCUAUGAAAUACUCAGUACAACUGCAUUUACUAGAAUAAUUAACAAUAAUAUUAUUUAUUGAAAUAUAAUAGUGAAUCCGUUAUGUAUGGGGUGAAAAUGUUUUCUGUCCGAAUGAAAUUAGUAACUUUAUUCUUUCUCUAAAGUAUAGAUUCAAAUGUUAAAAAUUGCAGUCUUUAAAUGCUGUGUUUUAACACAGUAGUAGUAGUAGUCCUCGUGUACCUAGCACACGAUCAAUCCAAUGGAACAAUUUAGUACAUUUCAAAAAUUAAUCACAUCGGAUCUAAAUAACAAGAUCUGUUUAUCGCACUCUGGGUAAUCUUACAAAUAUCGCAUUGCCAACAAUACCGUAAAAUUAUAUCCCUUUAUUCAAAAAAGCGCUAAAUAGAACAAUUUUGUUUCGAAAAUAAAUUAUUUGUAUUAUUUAUAUUAUUCGAAUGACGUAAUUUAUUUCUCGGUAUAAUGUAGCAUAUCAAUUUUGCCAGAAAUAGAAAUAACCAUGACUAUUAGUUAUUAAGUUUUGGUUUAUUAUAUUUUCAAAAUAAAAUAUUUUUCCCCACCAAUAGACGGUGAUUGCAUAAUAAUUAAAAGGUAUUCAUUUUUUU